AUGUCAACUCAAUUCCCAUCGCUCAAACGGGCCCAGACGGACCUCCCUGCGCAGUCCUCCAGCCCAUUACGACACGGGUCGACAGCGUCCACGAACUCAUCUGCCUACUCUGUCGCGUCAAGUUCAUUUGUCCCGAGUCGAACCAGCACUGUCUCCUCUAAUGCGUCGAUACCAAACACAUUGGGCCAUCUGCGAGGGAAGAGCGAAGCAGCCAGUAUAGGCUCAACAAACACCGUCACGGACGCAAUGGAACGAGGAACCUGGUCAAAUGCUGGCUCGGCAUACGACAACAUUCGCCGAUCACUGCGCCCACUCUCUCAGGCGCCCAAUGCAUCCUCUAUUGUGAAUACGGGGGGAUACCGACACUCACGAAGCAACACCCUCGAUGAAUCACAUCCCUGGAAGGACGCUCGACCCAGCACACCCGAAUCACGCCAUGUCCGCCAGCAAGAGAACGAGUCUCCACGUUACAAAGCUCACGCUUUCGAGUCACAAACCUCUCCACCCGUCUCUCCUCACAACUUCUCUCCUGUUCCCGGAACAUCGAGACCCUCGUCUCCUCAAAAGUCACUAUCUCACGGUCCUCCACAACUCACCGCCCAGCUUUCGGCUCCAGAGCUUGAAACUUUCCAAAAAUCAUCUACUGGUCAUCUGAGAACCCUUUCCAAGAUUGCACAGUCGGGUGAAGGCGAGGAUUUCCAGUUUGGCUCAUCGACAGGUUCCGUGGUGGGUCUGCAAGGCCGUCGACGCUUGAAGCGUGCGGGUUCGGUAGCCGGGAGGAAUGGCGCAAUAUCACCCGAGAAGCCGAAGGCUUCCUCAUGGGCGGCUGGCAACUGGAUGGACCAGCAACGUCAAUUCAUCCAAGCAUACGAAUAUCUGUGCCAUAUCGGAGAAGCCAAACAAUGGAUUGAAGAUGUGAUUCAAAAGCAGAUCCCGCCUAUUGUUCAGCUGGAGGAAGGGCUUCGAGACGGUGUGACUCUGGCGGAAGUGGUGCAAGCCAUGUACUCUGGCCGAACCCUGCGUAUUUUCCGACACCCCAAGUUACAGUACCGCCACUCAGAUAACAUCGCCUUGUUCUUCCGAUUUCUUGAUGAGAUUGAGCUCCCAGAGCUGUUCCGAUUCGAACUCAUUGAUUUGUACGAGAAAAAGAAUCUUCCCAAGGUCAUCCAUUGUAUCCAUGCCUUGUCUUGGCUUCUUUUCAAGAAUGGCAUGCUGGACUUCCGCAUGGGCAACUUGGUGGGCCAACUCGAGUUUGAACAUCACGAACUUGAGAAAACUCAGAAAGGUCUCGACAAAUCUGGUGUCAGCAUGCCUAGCUUUGCGGGCAUGGCCGCAAACUUUGGCGCUGAGCCCGAGCCCGAACCCGUCGAGUCAGAGGAGGAACGCAUCGAUCGAGAACUACAUGAAAAUGAAGCUGAGAUCUGCGAUUUCCAGGCUCAAAUCAGAGGCGCCAUGUUGCGAUUACAGCUUGGCAACACCAUGACAGAUCUGUGGGACUUUGAGCCCCUCUUGAUUGAAUUGCAGUCACGUCUGCGCGGGGACUUUGCACGCCAGAUCAGUAAUUACCGACUCAGUAUGUAUCAAUUUGCAGUUGAGCUACAAGCAAUUAGUCGAGGGUUUGUUGUACGCCGUCGGCAACAAGACGACCACCACUGGCGCCAAGCCCAAGAACACGAUGUUUUGCAGCUUCAGAGCUUGAUUCGAGCGUCUAAAGCACGUUCUCGGGGUGCUCUUUUGCAAACUCGCGUGCGACGAGAAGAGUCUGGAAUCAAGCAGUUCCAGGCCGCGAUUAGGGGUGCAAUGCAACGUAUGAACGUUGCUGAUCAAUACCAGCAAUCCCGACAAUCACAAAACGAUGUCACCAACCUUCAAUCCGCCAUUAGAGGUGCAUUACAACGAAUGAGUGUUUCUUAUUUGUACGAACAGUCUCGGCAAGCAGAAAACGAUGUCACCAGCCUCCAAUCAGCCAUCAGAGGUGCAUUGCAGCGUACGAGCGUUUGCGAGCAAUACGAUGAGUCUCGGCAAGCAGAAACUCAAGUCAUAUCCCUUCAAGCUGCCAUGAGAGGUGCCUUGUGCCGAACCCGGAUGAAUGCCCAGUCGCAUGAAGUCAAAGAGGUCGAGACUCCAGUCCGGUCACUACAAGCGGCCAUCCGAGGAUUCUUGGCUCGACAGCAAGUGUCUGGCACGAAAGCUUUACUCAGCAAAGAAGCUUCUCAUAUCACGAUUGUUCAAUCUAAUGUCAGGGCUUUGAUAGCUAGAACACGUCACUGUCAGUUGUUGCAAGAACUGGCAUUGACCGAGGAUGAGUGUGCUACACUGCAAGCUCUGGCACGGGCCGCGGCGGUGAGAAAGAAUAAUACUGCUCUUCGCGCCGAGCUUGCUGAACAUCUAUCGCUAGUGAUCAACCUCCAGGGUAUUCUCAGGGGACAGGUGUUGAGACAGUCAUUAGACGAACAAAGGGCGGCUCUGUCUAAGGAGGAACUUUCAAUAUUGGACUUGCAGUCUCGAGUCCGAGGUGUGAUCCACCGGAACCACUUGCUCGCAGAACGCAAUGUACUGGAUCAGGAAGAGCAUGCCAUCAUUGAUCUCCAGGCACUUGCUCGUGCUGCCAUCUCGCGCAUUGAGGUUGGCGACAUUCUGUCCCGCCUGGAAGAUAGCGAGGAGGAUAUUGUUCAGCUUCAAGCUCUAUCUCGGGCAAUGCUCGCACGAGUCGAAGUUGGUGAUAUUUUGACCGAUCUUGAGGCCGAGGAAGAAAUCAUCGUUGAUAUCCAGUCGCGCAUGAGAGGUAUUUUUAUUCGCAACCAAUUUGAAGAAAGACGUCGCCAUUAUAACGAAAACAUGGAGAAGGUCAUUAAGGCACAGAGUGUCAUCCGAGGCCGGAUUCAGGGUCAGGCUUACAAGAGCUUGACCAGUGGAAAGAACCCACCCGUUGGCACAGUCAAGGGCUUCGUGCAUCUUCUCAACGAUAGCGAUUUCGACUUCGACGAGGAGAUCGAAUUUGAGCGCCUGCGGAAGGUGGUUGUUCAGCAAGUGCGACAGAAUGAGAUGGCUGAACAAUACAUCAGCCAACUUGACAUCAAGAUCGCUCUCCUUGUCAAGAACAAGAUCACACUUGACGAAGUUGUCAAGCAUCAAAAACAUUUCGGCGGCCACAUUGGAAACCUUCUGUCCAACACUGAGAUCUCUUCCAAAGAUCCGUACGAUCUCAAGGCCCUGAACAAGACUUCAAGAAAGAAGCUUGACCAAUAUCAGGUGUUCUUUUUCCUCCUUCAAACCCAAUCACAGUACUUGGCUCGGUUGUUCAAACGACUGCGUGAGGUCAAUACCUCGGACAAGGAAUAUGAGAGGAUCAGGCACUUGAUGAUGGGUCUCUUUGGUUACUCCCAGAAAAGACGCGAGGAGUAUUACCUCAUCAAGCUUCUGUCACGAUCUGUUAAAGAAGAUAUCGAGAGUUUCACGUCCCUUCCUGAGUAUCUGCGCUGCACAUCCUUCUGGAACAAGCUUUUCGCCUCUUAUGCUAAGUCACCCCGCGACCGAAAGUUCAUGCGCGAUGUACUGGGAGCUGUUGUGAAGGAGUCUGUCAUUGACAACCCGGAUCUUGAUCUAGAGAGCGACCCCAUCCAAAUCUACCGUUCUGCGAUCAACAACGAGGAGCUUCAAACGGGUCAACGAAGCCGCCGACAGCCAGAUCUUCCCAGAGAGGAAGCUAUCCGAGACCCUGAAACCAGAGAGACAUUUAUUCAGCAUUUGCAGGAUUUGCGUGAUAUUGUUGAUCAGUUCUUCUUGGGCUUCGAGGACUUCCUCUACCGUAUGCCAUUCGGCAUCAGAUACCUCGCACAGCAGAUGUACCAAAAUCUGCUCGAGCGCUUCUCUGGGGAAGACCAAGGUUACAUCCUACAAACGGUUGGCCACUGGGUAUGGAAGAACUAUUUCCAACCCGCUGUGCUAGAGCCAGAAAAAUAUGGAGUUGUUGACCGAGGUUUGACCCAAGAACAAAAGCGCAAUUUGGGAGAAAUCUCCAAGGUUGUCGCACAAAUCGCUUCUGGAAGACUGUUCGGUGCCGAAAAUGUCUAUCUACAGCCACUCAAUACCUACAUUGCAGAGUCAAUCCAGCGCUUAGGCCGAAUCUGGGGCCAGAUGAUUUCGGUCCAGGAUGCAGAGACCUAUUUCGACAUCGACGAAUUCAACGAUCUCUAUGCCAAAGCCAAACCUACACUGUACAUUAAGAUGUCAGACAUCUUCUCGAUUCACCAGUUGGUCGCAUCAGAGAUCAACCACAUGUGCACCCACCCCGAUGACUUCCUGAAAGAUCUUGUUCGUGAAUUGGGCAACGUGAAGAGCAAUGAGAACGAAUUGAUGGCCGUCAGCUCUACCGAGAUCAACCUCACAUUGAACCCGAAGCUGGCUCAGGUUGAAGACCCGGAAGCGGACAUCAAAACGCUCUUCAUGGAGACCAAACGAUGUAUUCUCUACAUUAUUCGAGUCCAGACCGGCUCCAACUUGAUGGAAGUCAUGCUCAAGCCACCAACGGUUGAAGAUGAAGAAAGGUGGCAGACAUUGGUUCACGAGGAGAUCAACACCAACAGCCCACGCCGAGGUGCCUACUCCGAGGCUAAUAGCUUGAUUGACAUUGGAUCCAUGGGCUAUGCAGAGCUCAAGGGUAUCGCACUUGAGAACAUCCUUCGACUCGAACAAAGUGGCAAGAUCAACCGUCACAACCAUUACCAGGACCUAUUGAAUGCCAUUGCAUCCGACAUUCGCACCAAGCAUCGUCGGAGAAUCCAGCGAGAGCGUGAACUGGAAGGUGCUCGAUUGACCUCUCAACGCCUGAGCGGCCAAGCCGUGUACUUAGAUCAGCAGCUCAAGACCUACAAUGACUACAUCGAGCAAGCCAUGAUCACGUUGCAGAACAAGAAGGGGAAGAAGCUGGGAUCAUCAGAGGGAACUCAAAAAACAGGCAAGGUGUUCAAGUUUGGAUCUUACAAAUACUCUGCUCGCACUCUGGCCGAUCGAGGUGUUCUGGUCGCCUGGAAGGGCUAUUCCGAGCGACAAUGGGAUCGUGUCGACCUGACAAUUUCCAGUAAUGAAGUCGGCGUCUUCACCAUUGAUGGCAGCAGCGGAAAUAUGAUGAUCCCAGGCGCCAAUGCACAGGUACCGCUGGACGACUUGCUGCAGGCUCAGUUCAACAACACGCAGUUCAUGGAUUUCUUCGACGGACAUAUGCGGGUCAAUGUCAACCUUUUCUUGCACCUGAUUAUGAAGAAGUUCUAUAAUGAGUGA